AUGCAAGCCGAUGAUAUCACAUGGAACAUCCUCAACAAGGGUCAUUGUUCCUAUAAAACCAGGACUAAAGCCAAGGUCUUCUGUCGUAAUGAGUACAACUUGACGGGUAUCUGCAACAGAGCUUCGUGCCCCUUGGCGAACAGUCAGUACGCUACUGUGCGUGAAGAAAAUGGCAUCUGCUAUCUCUACGCGAAAGUGAUCGAGAGAAGCCAUUACCCGGAAAGGUUAUGGGAGAAGACGAAGCUCAGCAGGAACAUGGCCACGGCUGUCCAACAAAUCUCGGAGCAACUCAUCCAUUGGUCAGAAUUCGUACGACAAAAGUGCAAGGCACGUCUCGUCCGAAUUCAUCAGUAUCUACUUCGGAUGCGUAAAAUGCGGCUAAGAGGUCGUCAACAAACAAUUGUGCCCUUACAGACAAAAAUUGAACGUAGAGAGAAGAGAAGGGAAGAAAAGGCUCUUGUCGCCGCCAAGCUUGAUACAGCCAUUGAGAAAGAGCUCCUCGGUCGGCUCAAGAGCGGGACUUAUGGCGACAUCUACAAUUUCCGCCAAGAGGCCUUCGAGCAAAUGCUCAAAGAAAGCGAGAAAGAACUGGAGGUUGAGAUUGAGGAAGACGACCCGGACACUGGAGCCACACAAUACGUCGCCGAUUUUGCCGAAUCUGACGAUGAGCAAGACAUUGAGGAAGGGCAAGGCCCUGGUCAAUGGACGCCACCCGAUACUGAUUCCGAGGAAGAAGAGGGCGAUUGGGACGGUUCCGAUGACGGUGAUGAUAGCGAGGAAGAUGAAGAAAUGGACGACGAGGAGGAGGAUGCGGACGAGGCGGUUCCUGGAUCCAGCACAGCCGGACCUUCGAUUUUGAAGGGCAAGGGUGCCGGUGACAAGGCCAAGAGACGGGUUUCCUUCGGUGAGAUGCCAACUUUGAAGAACAAGCCCAAGAAAAAGAAGAAGCGUCAAAUGAUCGAGAUAGAAUACGAAGAGGAGGGCAAGCAGCCGAAGAAGCUCAAGAUUGGAAAA